UUAUCCUUAAAACAGAUGACUGUUAAAAGAACAGUGCAUUUACUGUGUCAAGCUCUUGUGGACAUAGUGUCAAAAGAAAACAUGCAUCUGUUUAUUGUUUUGCUAUUGUCUUCAAUCUACAUCACGACUUCGGAAUAUGCAACGAGUUGUAGAAAUUUUGAUUGUGAAUACAAACUGUUAUCAAAAUUAAUACAACUCGAAGAAAGGACAGCUCAACAGGAUAGCAAGAUAUCUCUAUUAACCGAAAAGCUCGAAGAUACUGAAAAAACAAUAGCAUUCCUGAAUAACACAAUUGUAACAAACCAGAAAUCUGCUGAUGGCACAACAUACAUUCGCUGGGGCCGCACCACGUGUCCCGGCAAAGCCGUUCUAGUUUACGACGGCUUCGUUGCCGGAUCGGAUCACACUCAUAGCGGAACUGCAGUUAACCCUUUAUGUCUGCCAAAAGAUCCAGACUACGAUAAUUAUCUCGACGGUUUUCAAGAUUCAGGUAGGAUAUAUGGAGCAGAAUAUCAAACAAGCACUUAUCCGAAAUGGACAUAUCUUCAUGACCAUGACAUUCCGUGUGCAGUUUGCCGAAUCCCACGAAAUAAUGUUCUGAUGGUGCCAGGGAAAAAUCGUUGUCAUGAAAAUUACAUCUUGGAAUACAAAGGCUAUCUAAUGGCUGGAUACCACAGUCAUGCGGCAUCUUCUGAGUUUGUAUGUGUUGAUGAAAAUCCCGAAACAAUUAAGGGGUCUCAUCAGGAUCUGAAUGGCAAAUUAUUUUAUUUUGUUGAAGGCACUUGUGGCUCUCUACCUUGCAAUCCAUAUAAGAACGGAUGGGAGCUAACAUGUGCUGUAUGCUCCUAUUCACACAAUGCAAAGUCGACAAGUAUUCAGCCAUACACGUAGUUUUCAUACCAAACCAGCAUAAAUGAUAAAUUCUUUAUGCGAUCAUAUGGUUAUUUAUAUAUUCUUCAGAUUGUAAACAAGAAUUUAAAUAGACUACUAAAAUGUUAGUUUCCUUAUCAUAAACUUAAUGAUCUUAGAUAACGUCAUUGCAAGUUUUUAACAUUGUUAUGGAAAUAAACAUCUGUUCGAAAUAGAUGACAUGUUUUGUUACACCUACAUUUUUAUCAUAUGAAAAAAUUAUGUGAAUAAAAUGAAUUUAUAAGAA